AUGCCGGUGGGUUUUGGAUUUUCCGCCGGUGAUUUUAUCGCGGGUAUUAGACUCAUCGGGACUAUCAUAAACUGCCUCAAAGACGCCCCAGACGCGAGCCUCGCGUACCAAGAACUAAUUCGACAGCUUUACUCGCUCCAGUCUGCUCUAAUUCAGGUCAAAAACAUCAAAUUUGAUGGCGCUCAGCAUGCCGAGGCAGUAGCAUUGUGGCAAGCUGCGUCAUAUUGCCAUCGAGCCGUUGACGAAUUUUGGAUAACAAUACAAAAGUACCAGCCACACCUGAGAGAGGGUGGCUCUGGCUCGUUGGUCAAGGAUAGCUGGAGAAGAGUCAAAUGGGCAACAUGCAGAAAAGAUGACUUGGUGAAAUUCAAGUCUAACCUGUCCGCUCAUACGGCAUCAAUUCAGCUGCUUCUCAAUACCCUACAGCUGUACGUUAUCCAUACACCUGAGCACGAAACUGAUCAAGAUCAGACCCCUUCAAGCUAAUUUGUGGUAGGAAUAAUAUGUCGAUUCAAAGAGGGCAUCAAAGUCAGCGUGAUCAAUCUCUGGCUGGAAAGAUACAGGACUUAUACUUUGCAUGCAUGCAAGGCUUCUCUGCUGCUACAACUGCAACCUCUGAGUACUAUACCAUAUCUUUGUUAACCUUGAGACGGUUACUAAUUGUUUUUACGCGCGGUUCAGGAAUCAAAGAAGCUUCUGAAUAUGGUAGCCGAAGUCUUGUAUAACUUCUUAGUACUUCUUUUGUCUACCAACGCCAGUGCUAAACAUUCUCUAGAAGUACAAGUGUGAAGGCAUUCCAAAUCGUAUUAAGUAUUCAAAAGUCAGUACUUAGUUUACCAUAUCAAGUCGAGCGACAACAGCCAGUAUAUCUUAUCGACGCCCUCGGCAAGGCAGCACCCUUUCACUUGGAAUUUGUCCGAUCUGCUGAAGUCUGUUUCUUCAUCAGCUCUUGGCCAUGUGUUAUCCCGCUAAUAGAUAAAUACAGGCACUGAAGGCCGUCUUAAAAAUCAACUUCCAAAAAAUCGAAAAUUGUGCUCCCAUGAUCCAACAAGGAAAAUUUGCUAUUCAGGACGCCUCCACGAAACGAGACAUUGAUCUCAACAAGGAAUGGGAUGUGUGUUUCUUGCCCGGCCAAAGGGUCGAAAUGAGUAUGGUAUUUACGAAGUUCUUCAAUCCCAAGAUGAGGGGCUGUCAGUGCCCUCAUUGUCUGAGAAAUUCCCCAGGCCUACCCAAUGAGGAAGCUGAAUGGUUUGUUAGAUCUAAGCCGACCGAGAACAAUUUGUAGACUGACUGUUGCAUAGCACAUCCUGUGGUAUGACCUUCCGGCACCUGGCCGAGGAGGAUUAUCAGGAGAAUAAUCAAAAUAAGAGCUUGGAAGAAAACGAAAGCCAGUCUUCCCAAGCAAUACCAUCAGCUGGUGAUGUAAGUUUGCAAAAUUCUGUCCAAGGAACCAAAAGGAAGCGUGAGGAAAGCGAUGAAGCAGAUAUAGCAAUGUUCCGUAGGGUUCGUGUUACGACAAUUAGAAGAUGUGGAUCCUGUAGCAAACCGGGCCUUCUGUUUUCUGAUGGACCCGGCGGACCUGGAACUUUGUGUGCUGAUUGCGGACUCGAUUUCUUAAGUGACUUAAGUCAGAAUGAUGAUUCAAACCCGGAGAGGACACCUGCCCUGAACGAAGAAGUCGAAUGGUUUUGGUUCUGCGUAAGCAAAUAUUUUCUCUCCCAGCUAUAUCUACUAAAACUUUUUACUAGGAUGCAUGCGGUAGCUCUCAUGGGUAUUCUCAAUAUACCGACUUUUGCGCAGAAUUCAAUUGCGGCUAUCAACGAUGUGCGAAGUGUCUGCGGGAAAGUACUAAAGUUCGAGGAAAUCGCUAAGGGCAUGUUUGGCUAA